AUGGGUGGUACUGGUUUACGCAAAAUGAGACUUUUUAAUAUAGCUCUCUUGGGUCGUCAAGUUUGGAGACUCAUCAACAACAAGGAGUCUCUUUGCUUUAAAGUUCUGUCUUCAAAAUAUUUUCCUGAUGGAAAUAUUUUCAAUGCUAAAAAAGUGAAUAGAGCUUCUUUUACUUGGUCGAGUAUUACUGCUGCUGCAGAAUUUCUGAAGAAUGGUUUCGGUUGGCAGAUAGGCAAUGGUGAGAACAUUAAAAUUAGGGAUGACAAUUGGGAUUUGAAAGGUCUUAAUAGAAGUACACCGAUCCCAAAUAUGCUUUCCUCGAGUGAUGACAGUGUUAAAGAUCUUUGGAUGGAGCAUGCUAGGUGCUGGAAUAUCGAAAAGGUGCAUAGGCUGUACGGUAAAGAUUGGGGGGAUAGAAUAUGCAAAAUUCCUAUAGGCAAUGAAAACUAA